AAUUGAAUUUGUUUGUCUCCAAUUAUUUUAAUUUGUUUAUCUUGAAAUGAGUGUUAAAGUUUGAGAGAUUUUCUUUACCUGAAUUGGUAGUGGCCCCACAGAGCCGAGGGUGUAUGGCUUACGCGCUAGCCUCUCCAGACCCUAGUUGUUGUUGUUGGUAGUGGCCCCGCAGAAAUAUCAUUCAUGCUACAUCCUAAAAAUGUUCCCAGCUUUAUGUUUCUUUAUAUUAAGAAAUUUGAUAUUCAGAAGCCUUUUAAUUGUACAAAUCACAAUCUAUUAGCCAAAUCAGCUACUGUCUCUAUGUCUAUGAGUAUCAGUAAUAUAGAAAUCGGCCAGAACCCUGCUGCAGGUGUAGGAUUCUUCCUGAAAGAAAAGACUCUUCUUUUUCUUCUCCUUUAGCGUUAACACCUUUUCAUCAAAGAUUUUUGCAGCAUGAGCAUUUCUUAAAUGUUGUUGCUGCUCGCUAAUCUAGCCGCUUCUUUGCUAACGUAAACAGUUCAUUGAUUUUGUACCUCUGAACCUUGGAGCUCCUACCUGAUUCUGAUGGCAACAUUAAAUUUUAUUUCCUUGGGUCCAAAAGUUGUUCCACCUGUCAAAGUUCCUAGGUUCUAGCAUUUUGUACUUUUAUAAGCUGCCUCCAUGGCUAGCUAAUAAUGUUCGUGCUUUUUAAUUAUACACAAUUUGCUCUCUUAUAUAUUCAUCCAAAGUGUGGUGCCUAUUACUUGGUAAAAUAUGUGAAAGGUCAUUACUUGCCCAAAUGAGCUUUGAACAAUAACACCGCCUAACAGUUGUAGUUCUGGCUUAGUUGGAAUUUAAUUUAAGCUGGUGUGGAUAACAAAACUUGGCCCCAGUUCGACUGGAGAGAUGAAGAAACUUUAGCACAAAUAGGAUGGAGAGCCUAAUGAUCGCAUGAUCAACAAAUUGUGUGAAUAUGCUUCGAAAAAUCCACUUCGGAUACCGAAGAUAACAAGUGUUCUUGAGCAAAGGUGCUACCGGGAAUUAAGAAACGAGAAUAUUGGGUCUGUAAAGGUAGUCAUGUGUAUCUACCGGAAGUUGCUUACAUCCUGUAAGCAACAAAUGCCACUAUUUGCUGGGAGCUUUCUCAGUAUAAUACACAUUUUGCUGGAUCAGACGAGGCACGAUGAAAUGCGCAUAGUUGGAUGCCAAGCUCUUUUUGACUUCAUAAUUAACCAGAGGGACUCUACAUAUAUGUUUAACUUUGAAGGCCUGAUUCCUAAAAUCUGUCUUCUUGCUCAAGAGAUGGGUGAGGAUGAAAGAGUGCUUAAAUUGCGCUGCGCUGGUCUUCAAGCCCUGUCUGCUAUGAUAUGGUUUAUGGGUGAGUUUUGUCACAUGCCAGCGGAAUUCGAUAGUGUGGCGGCUGCAGUUUUAGAAAAUUGUGAAGGCCCUAAGGAGAAGCUGGAUCCUAAUGAUGAUAAUCAAGAUAAGCAGAAUCAUGGAGUCCAACUGGCUUCUUCUGGGGAACACCAGAUGUCGUCAUCCCCCGAUGAACUGAGAAGGGCUACUUCUUGGAGGAAUAUAGUAACAGACAGAGGCCUUAGUGUAACUGGGGAAGAUUCGAGAAACCCCAAGUUUUGGUCAAAGGUGUGCUUACAUAACAUGGCAAAGUUAGCUAAGGAGGCAACAACUGUACGACGUGUUCUGGAGUCCCUGUUCCGUUAUUUUGAUAAUGCUGAUCUUUGGUCUCGUGAACAUGGAGUUGCCCUCGUUGUCUUGCUUGACAUGCAAUCUAUUAUGGAAAAUUCAGGGCAGAACACACACUUCUUGCUGUCUACUUUGAUCAAGCACCUUGAUCACAAGAAUGUCCUUAAAAAUCCAAAUAUGCAGAUAGAAAUUGUUGAAGUUGCCAGCUCCCUUUCUAAGGCAACAAAGGCUCAGCCAUCUCUUACGAUAGUUGGUGCGUUUAGUGAUAUGAUGAGACACCUCCGCAAGAGCAUACUCUGUUCUGUUGAUGACUCGGAACUUGGGGAAGAAGUAAUUCAAUGGAACAGAAAGUUUUACACAGCAGUUGAUGAAUGCCUUGUACAGAUGUCCCAGAAGGUAGGAGAUGCUGGUCCUAUUCUUGAUGUGAUGGCAGUGAUGCUGGAAACAAUUUCAAAUGUAACAGUUAUGGUGAGAAAUACGAUGGCUGCUGUUUAUCGAACUGCUCAGAUAAUUGCAUCCUUACCAAAUCUUUCAUAUAAAAACAAGGCUUUCCCUGAGGCAUUAUUCCAUCAAAUUCUUUUAGCUAUGGUCUCCCCAGACCAUGAAACAAGACUUGUGGCACAUCGUGUCUUUUCUGUUGUACUUGUCCCAUCUUCAGUUUGCCCCCGUCCAACCUCUGUCCAUCCACGGUCAACAAAGGCUUCUGGUAUUCAGAGGACCCUAUCUAGAACCGUUUCAGUGUUUUCUUCUUCAGCUGCGCUUUUUGAUAAAUUAAAAAAAGAACAAUCUCCCUCUCAUGACAAUGUUGCUGGAAAGGAAAAAACAUUCAAUGCUAAAUCAAUGGUGAAAAACCAAUCAAUGCUGAAAAGAUUAACAUCAAGCUAUAGUCGAGCUUAUACUGUGAAAAGAAAUUCGUUACCUGGAACUGACGAAGGAAAAGAGAUUGGUAACACAGAAGAGGAGCAGGAUGGAAUUUUUCUCAAGCUGAAAAUUCGACAGAUCAGCCUCUUGCUGUCUUCACUGUGGGUGCAGGCAAUCUCUCCUGCAAAUACUCCAGAGAAUUAUGAAGCAAUUGCUCAUACUUACAGCUUGGUGGUGUUAUUUUCACAAACAAAGAAAUCCAGCCAUGAGGCUCUUAUUCGAAGUUUCCAGCUAGCAUUUUCUUUGAGGAACAUUUCUAUAGGAGGGAAAGGAUCUCUACCACCGUCACGUCGCAGGUCACUCUUUAUGUUGGCGACAUCCAUGAUUAUUUUCCUAUCUAAAGCAUACAACUUUAUCCCUGUUGUUGCUUGUGCUAAAGCUGCAUUGACAGAUAAAACAGUUGAUCCUUUCCUUCAGCUGGUAGAUGACUGUAAACUGCAAGCUGGAACUGGUAACACAGAGCAUGCAGUCAAAGUCUAUGGCUCGAAAGAGGAUGAUGAUGAUGCCCUGAAAUCACUUUCAGCAAUACAACUAUCUAGUAACCAAACUACAGAAUAUUUUGCUUCAAUAAUAGUGGAGAGCUUGAGGAAUUCUUAUAAAAAUAAGACUGCUGCUAUAAAGGAUCAGUUGCUUAAAGAUUUCCUUCCUGAUGAUGUUUGUCCUUUGGGAGCUCAGCUAGUCUCAGAAACAUCAGGACAGAUCUACCAAUUCGGUUCAGAAGAUGAUAAAAGUCUGGACGAGCAGGUUGGGGACCCGACGCUGCCCAUCUUAGAGGACGGCGUACCAACUGAGAAUAAGAAUAUAACUAACUCACACCUUUCUCUGCAAAUUCCAGACCUCUUAACUGUCACUCAGUUCCUCGAUUCGGUUUCAGAUACAACACUGCAAGUAGGAAGACUCUCUGUCUCAACUUCUGAUAUGACAUACAAGGACAUGGCAGGCCAUUGUGAGGCCCUUCAAGCAGGGAAGCAGGAAAAGAUGUCACAUUUAAUGAUUGCCCAAGCGUCUCGAGAAAAUCCUUUUGACUUUUAUGGACAGGACUAUAUCCAGGCAAAUAUAAAGCCACCUUACAACUGCGUUGAUACAAAAUCUACUCCAGUUGAACAUACACAUGUCAAACAUGGCUCUGACUCCAAUUUGUCAAAUCCCUUUAUCAAUGUCACUCCAACGCCAUGUGCAACUGAAUCCAAGCGCCAUCCCAACUUCUUUGCACUACCUGCCUCAAGUCCAUAUGACAACUUUUUGAAGGCAGCUGGAAGUUAAUGUCAUCAGUUCAAGAGUUUGAGAGGUAGCAAAAGCUUGAAGAAUCUCACUUUUGUCUAAAUUUUGCAUCACUCUACUGCUAAUAUAGUUUUAUGAUUGCAAACAAUUUUGGGGUCUGCUCAUUGGAGCAUAUUCUGAUUUAUUUCUUCUUGUAUCGUUCUUCCUAUCCAUUUGAUCCAAGGAAAGUUACUAAGAUUCAUGGAAAUGAGGGAAUUUUGUAUAGAAUAUUUUCAAAAGAACGUAAGAUUGUAUAAAUAUAGGGCGACGAAACUUCUAUAUGUUGAGCUUAGGUUGGCAAACAUCAAUUCUAUGUUAUGUAUAUAUGGUCUUUAUAACUACAAUUCAUCAAUGAAGGCAUUAUUUCCUUUCCUGUUUUA